AUGAGCGCCUCUUUGCGUGUCCCAUUCGGUUCCCUUACCGUUGAGCGCUUAGUCGCCAGAGGAGCCGGUGGCCAGGUUUUCAUCAUCAGCAAGCAUGUGGUAUUCAAAUGCCCCACGAACUUCAACAAUCCCGCAUCCGACCAAGCAGAUGAAAUCGUAGAAAGCGCCGGGAGAAUUGCGAAUGAAAAGUUAACGCAUACACUAUUGAUGGAGCACCCACACACUAAUAUUGUCCGAUGCAUCCUUUGCAUCCCUGAAGGCUUUUUCAUGGAGCGGGUGGAAACAACACUACAAGCCCGCAUCGACCACCAAUCAGUACGGAAUGCACCGGGCACUUAUGCCAAGGCACGCUGGAUCACGCAAAUCGCAAGCGCCCUAUCAUGGCUCGAAGAGCUCGGUCGUGUUCAUGGCGACCUACGGCCAUCCAAUAUUCUCCUCACAGCAGACGAUAAUGUCCGCCUUGCCGACUUCGACGCGUCUGUCAAGGUUGGCGAACAGCUUCUUGUUGCAAGUGAGCCAUUUUGCAAGCUCGACAAAUAUUUCAAACUUCCCAACGCCGGACCGAUCAGCGAGCAAUUUGCCUUCGCGUCAUGCGUUUAUAUGAUUCGUUUCGGCCACAUUCCGUUGAGCGAGCUUGAUGCCCCUGACAGGGUUCGAAGUUUUAUCAAUCACAAGUAUCCUUCAACGGACGAAGACAAGGAGUUUGGGUGUGUGAUUUUGAGUUGCUGGAAUGGAGAGUACGAUUCCAUCAGUGCUGUAUACAACGAGAUCAAAAGCCGUUGUGAGGCUGAGUCUGUGUCUAACAUUCUUGCGGACUCGACUCAUGACAUGUCUAGUCUCCUCACUGAGUGUGAACAAUUUUUGGCGAACGAAGAACAGAGGAAACAAAACUACUCUCUUGGAUUAUAG